GGAAAUUGGGGUGGAGAGACGAGUUGGAAGAGAGGAGAGUUGAGUUUGGACGAUUUGGGAAGACGAAGUGAUAAUUGAAGAGAAAAAUGAGUGUUGACGAGUUUGCCAACUCUUUCGUCAGUUUUUUACGAUUCAUUAGUAAAUAUCUUAUCGAUUUCGAUGUUAGACAUGUUGCUGUCGUCUGGGCAACUUUCGUCGUCAUCAGCAUUGUUUCUACAAUCCUUCUUCGAAUGAAAGAGACUUCUGAGUUCUCUAGAAACAAUCGCAAGAUAAAUGACAGAAUUUCGAAAAUUCUGAAAUCAGAAUAUGGAAAGGAUGAUCAGAAGAAUAGAAUCAUGGUGGAUUACAGGAGGAGUGCACGAGAGUUGCACACAGCUGCUGCAAGGUGCUAUCAGAAGGAGUACAUGGUUCAAUGUAUCGAUAUUGUGUCUAAAUAUCCAUCCCUGGUCAAUGUGAGGUGCCCCAUCAGUGGAUUGACACCUUUUCAUCGAGUUUGCUGCCACAGAAACUCGUGUCUCAUCUCUUUUAUGCUGGGUCAUGGCGCUGAUUGUUCCAUCACGACAUCCAGCAAAGAGAAUGCUCUCUGCCUGUUGAUUCGUUCGUACCUGCAGAAUCCAAGCACAACGGAUUUCUCGAGCCUCAAGAUUUUGCAGGGAGCAGGAUGUUUUCUAGAUCGAUCAGACAAGUGGUAUUCAUUAUUCCUAGAAUCAGCUAUUCUCACUGCUAACAAACCCCUCGCCCUCUGGAUCCUCGAGCAAUCUCCCUCUCCAGUCCAGAAACAGAAGUCAUUUCCAUGAAAAAAUC